CCUCGGUACCGUAGAUAAUCGGCUUCUCGCCCGACAGACGUCUCCACAUUCCCAAAAACUGUGGGGAAAAGCAAAACAGCCCAUGCUGACUCACAACCUUACACCGCCCAAUGGGCCCUGAACGGACUUUUUCUUUCCUUCUCCAAGAGCAAAACACCCAACUCCGAUCUCUGGAAAAGAUUCCACGAGCCAUACAAGGACCUUGAUUCGAUCAAUUUGAGGUCUGAUCGUCUGACUCUACGAUGUCCUGGCAAUACAAGCUUGCCUCCAGCGUGCGGGCCUCUCCGAAGGCGUUCGUAACCCGGCCGGAUGCCCGCCUCCUACUUCGCCCGACCGCGCGAGGCGCUGCGGGGGGCUUCUCCGCUGGAUCAGUGUCCGCCAUGACUCAAACCACCGUCGCUUAUGCCAAGCGCACCUUGACCACGACCCAGCCCAGGUGCCUCAACAUCGACAACAUCAACCCCCACAUCAAAGCAGCCAAGUACGCCGUGCGUGGUGAACUGGCCGUCAAGGCUGAGGAGUACCGUCAGCGUCUGGCCGAUGGUGACAAGUCACUGCCCUUCGAUAGCGUCAUCUUUGCCAACAUUGGCAACCCCCAACAACUCGACCAGAAGCCUAUUACAUUCUUCCGUCAAGUGCUCAGUCUCGUCGAGAACCCCCUGCUUCUCGAGAACACCGAGGCUCUCAAGAACUCGUUCGGAUACAAGCAGGAUGUGAUCGACCGUGCCCAGACCCUGUUGGCCAACGUGCAGAGCGUCGGUGCUUACAGUCACAGCCAAGGUGCCCCCGGCAUCCGCCAGAGCGUUGCCAAGUUCAUCGAGGAGCGUGACGGCUUCCCCGCCAACCCCCAGGACCUGUUCUUGACUGGGGGUGCCUCGUCGGGUGUCAGCACCUUGCUCAAUAUCAUAUGCAACGACUCCAAUGCCGGUGUCCUCGUCCCUAUCCCGCAAUACCCAUUGUAUACCGCUACCCUGGCCCUUCUGAAUGCGCGGUGCGUGCCCUACCUGUUAGAGGAGCAGAAGGCGUGGGGUACCAACGUCGAUGCCAUCACCCAGUCGAUCAAAGAGGCCAAGGCCGCUGGCACCAACGUCCGUGCUGUCGUCGUGAUUAACCCCGGUAACCCGACCGGUGCCUCCCUGACCGCCGAUGACAUUAAGAAGGUCAUCGAUGUCGCUGCCGAGGAGAAGUUGGUCGUCAUGGCCGACGAGGUUUACCAGACCAACGUCUUCGAAGGCGAGUUCGUCUCCUUCAAGAAGCGCCUGCGUCAGCUCCAGAAGGAACAGCCCGGCAAGUACGACGCGGUGGAGCUGGUCUCCUUCCACAGUACCUCCAAGGGUAUGGUCGGCGAGUGUGGUCACCGUGGUGGAUUUUUCGAGCUGGUCGGUUUCGACCCGCAGGUUCAGGAGCAGAUUUACAAGCUCGUUAGCAUUGGGUUGUGCCCGCCGGUCGUCGCACAGUGCCUGCUCGAGACGAUGGUUAACCCUCCCCGUGCCGGUGACCCUAGCUUUGAGCUGUAUGAGAAGGAGUACAAUGGUAUUCGGGAUGGUCUGCACAAGCGUGCUCUCGCACUGUACGAUGCUUUCCAGCGCAUGGAGGGCGUUGAGUGCCAGAAGCCUCAGGGCGCUAUGUAUCUCUUCCCCACCAUCAACAUCCCCACCAAGGCCAUUGAAGCCGCUCAGGCCGAAGGCCGCGCUGCCGACGAGUUCUACUGUCUGAAGAUGCUCGACGCCACCGGUGUCUGCGCCGUCCCUGGCUCUGGAUUCGGCCAGAAAGAGGGCACCUUCCACUUCCGUACAACCUUCCUCGCCCCCGGUACCGACUGGGUCGAGCGCAUCGUCAAGUUCCACUCCGAGUUCCUCAAUCAGUACCGGUGAAUUUGAACGUGUACAAAGCAAGAAAAGAACAAAAUGACGAGUUAUGCUAGACGACUGCGUGAAUUUCUUUUCUUUUUCUUCGUGACGAGCAUUGCGCUUGAGCUUUGAACUUGGGGCUUCCGGGUUGAGGCCUUUGUAUCAUGUCGUUAUAUGAGAUGAGUCGAUGGUGGGUUCGUUUGUGGGCUUUCCAUUCGAGACUUGCCGGGUCGCUGUGGUUGUCUGGACUUUUUUGAUACCAUACCUAUAGAAUAUAUGCAUCGAAUUAUUUUUAUGUACUUUCUCCUCUAG